GCUCCUCAUUCCUCACCGUCUCACAGCACUGUAGUUCACUCACUUGGAUUCCAGUACUCCCGGUAAAAUUGCGAUUUUAGUGAGGGCAUUUAAAGGAUUUCGUUUAGCUAACAGCUAAACCGCCAUUUUCCCCCCUCUCUUCUCUCUAGCUUUUCCUCCGCUUUGCAUCUUCCACCGCGAAAGGUUGUUGGAGAGAGCUUGAAAGUUGAAGGCAUCUCCAUUAUUUAUUCAGAGAGAGAGAGGAAGAGGGGAAGCGGAGAAGACGGGGGAAGCCAAUACCAGUUGGCCACUCGCAUAACCGUACCGGAUGCCAAUCUCUGAAGUGGAGACGCACAGGGCGGCCAACAGGUCACACCGCGCGGCGAGACAGCAGCCGGCCGCCGGGAAGCGAGUUCCCCUACGGCUGUUGCUGCAAGUGACGUCGAUUGCCGGCGGGAUACAAUUCGGAUGGGCUCUGCAGCUCUCUCUCCUGACUCCUUACGUCCAGGAGCUGGGAAUUCCGCAUGCUUGGUCCAGUGUGAUAUGGCUCUGCGGGCCACUGUCGGGCCUCAUAGUCCAGCCCCUGGUGGGCCACUUGAGCGAUCGAUGCACCAGUCGGUUCGGCCGGAGGAGGCCGUUCAUCGUCGCCGGUUCGUUGCUGAUCUCGUUCUCCGUCCUCAUCAUCGGUCACUCCGCCGAUAUCGGCUGGCUGCUCGGGGAUAGAGGCGAUUUCCGGCCCAGAGCAAUCGGAGCUUUCGUUUUCGGGUUUUGGAUUCUCGAUGUUGCCAAUAAUAUGACCCAGGGCCCUUGCAGAGCUCUCCUUGCUGAUAUGACUGGGAAAGAUCACCGCAGGACUCGAGUGGCGAAUGCUUAUUUCUCACUUUUCAUGGCUGUUGGCAAUAUCCUUGGCUUUGCCACUGGAUCAUUCAGUGGUUGGUACAAAAUUUUCCCGUUCACUGUAACAGCUGCAUGUAACGUGGACUGCGCCAAUCUUAAGUCGGCUUUCUAUCUUGAUAUUAUCUGUAUUGUAAUCACUGCGUAUAUCAGCAUUUCAUCUGCUAAAGAACCCUCUAUAGGGUUGUUGUCUCAAAGAUCAAUACCUGCUGCUGAAGAAGCAGUGGAAGUGUCCAGCCAUGCAGAAGAGGCUUUCCUCUGGGAGCUGUUUGGGACUUUCAGAUACUUCCCAUCAUCUGUUUGGACUAUUUUGCUAGUUACUGCCCUGAACUGGAUUGGUUGGUUUCCAUUUCUUCUCUUUGAUACUGACUGGAUGGGGCGAGAAAUCUUUGGAGGUGACCCUGAUUCAGGACCUAGUUAUAGUGCUGGAGUCAGAAUGGGAGCAUUUGCUCUCAUGUUGAAUUCGGUUCUAUUGGGAAUAACUUCAGUACUGAUGGAGAAGAUCUGCAGGAAAUGGGGAGCUGGCUUCAUAUGGGGACUCUCAAACAUCUUUAUGGCUCUAUGUUUCCUUGCAAUGCUUAUAAUUGCCUACGUAGCCUACCAUAUCGGCUAUUAUGGUGAUGGUGAUGCUCAACCACCAGUUGGCAUUCUUGUUGCUGCACUGAUUGUUUUUGCACUUCUUGGAAUUCCAUUGGCAAUCACUUAUAGUGUUCCAUAUGCUUUAGUGUCGUCACGCAUUGAGCCUUUGGGGCUUGGCCAAGGGUUAUCAAUGGGUGUCUUGAAUUUGGCAAUUGUCGUUCCACAGGUUCUGGUUUCGCUGGGAUCUGGUCCAUGGGAUCAACUGUUUGGUGGCGGAAACUCACCAGCCAUAGCUGUGGGAGCUUUGGCAGCACUUAUCGGUGGACUGAUUGCUAUUUUGGGGAUUCCUCGAUUCACUCCUCAGAAGCCAAGGGUUCUUCCAUGAGGUAUUCGCCUCUGGACCUAGAAUUUUUCGUAUUACAAACCCAAAGUACAUCAUAGUCAUCAACAACAGUUUAAGCAAGAAUUUUGUACAUAGAUGAUGUAUUUUUUUUCUUCAAAUUAUGUUCCUAUUUUUGUCAAUAAAAGCAUUUGCAUAUCAUCAGUUUGCCACCCUCCCUCUUCAAUUGAACUGGAUCCAACUGGUGAUGGGGCGUUUUUAUAUUUGGGUGAAUCUGGAGCCUACAUCCCAAUGUGUUGGAGCUUCAAGAUGCAGCAGAAGUGUUAAGAGAGAUGCCCAAAUUUUAUACAUUACUCUGCUUGUUAGCAGAGGAUGGAAAAUCGAACUCGUUUUUAGCUUUAGCAUAGAAUGAAUGGUGUAUGAAUGAACAGGUAGCAGCCAAAGGUAAAACAUAUACAUACUGAAGAUAAGGGGCUGCAAUUGUCAUUAGGAGAGAAGAAGGUAAAGGUUUUUGCAAUGGGCUGAAAAUGUCAUUAUAGGGAGGCUGGGGUUGGUGGUCCAAAGCAUCUUCUUUCUGGGGUGGCAAGGCAUGCACGAAACUGAGUGUGUAUGAAUGAAUGAAUUUGGUGGGGGUGGAAUUGUGCUUGAUGGUGGGCAACAGUUGGGUUUUAUUAUGAGUUGUUCUGAUUGAAACAUUGAUGGAGACAUGUCUUGUUGUAUGUUCUCUUUCUUUCUUUCUUUCUUUCCUUUCAUUUUGGCUUUUCUUUAAUAACGAGAAGAAUGGAAUGUGAUUGGUCAUUUAUGGAAGGUCAGGUUUAAUUAA